AUGGGGCCGUGCUUGCGCAGGGCUCUCAAGAGGUUCUUGUGCGUGAACGCCGUGCUGUGGUGGUGGGAGAAGAGCGGCCGCACCGUCCCAGAGAUCUUCGCCGCUGUGGUGGCCCGCCACCCUGACAAAGUAGCCUUCCACUUCGAGAACAAGCGAUGGACCUACCGCGAGGUGGACGAACUAAGCAGCCAAUUGGGCCGCUACUUCUCGGCGCGCGGCCUGAAGCGGGGCGAUUCAGUGGCGCUGUUCAUGGACUCUCGCGCGGAGUACGUGUGCGCGUGGUUGGGUCUGGCCAAGAGCGGCAUUGUCGCCGCCCUUAUCAACACCAACCUGCGCCAAGGCCCGCUCGUUCACUGCAUCCGCGCCGCAAACAGUCGCGCCGUCAUCGUGGGAAGUGAACUCGCCGCAGCACUACGUGAAGUUACAGGGGAAUUGGCUGAUCUUAGUGUGUAUGAGUGGCAUGAGAGUGGGGAGAGUAGCACCUCCGUUAUUCCUGGGGCUAUAAACUUAAGAGAAAGUCUUGUGCCUGUGGACAAAAGCACUCUUAUUACGAAAGGAGGUCCUAGAGACAAACUUGUGUAUAUUUACACAUCAGGCACUACUGGUAUGCCGAAAGCUGCAGUUGUUACUAACCUCAGGUUCAUGUUUAUGGUGACAGGAGUAUACUAUAUGUUGGGACUAAAACCUGAUGACACUUUAUAUGAUCCCUUACCUCUGUAUCAUACUGCUGGAGGAAUGUUGGGAACAGGUCAAGCAAUAUUAUAUGGAUUAACUGUAGUCAUUAGACGUAAAUUCUCAGCCUCAAACUUUUGGACUGACUGUGUAAAAUAUGACUGCACGGUUGCUCAGUAUAUUGGUGAAAUUUGCCGUUACUUACUUUCAACUCCAAAGAAAGAUGAUGAAACCAAACAUAGAAUUCGCUUGAUGUUUGGUAAUGGUCUGAGACCUCAAAUUUGGCAACCUUUUGUUGAACGGUUUAAGGUUGGACAAAUAGGUGAAUUUUAUGGAGCAACUGAAGGCAAUUCUAAUAUUGUGAACAUUGAUAACACAGUUGGGGCAGUUGGAUUCAUUCCUCGCUAUGCUGCUCAUGUUUAUCCGGUUGCUUUAAUAAGAGUGGACAAAGAGAGUGGAGAACCAAUUCGUGGAAAAAAUGGAUUAUGCAUUGUGUGUAAACCAGGUGAACCUGGAGUUUUUGUAGGAAAAAUUGAUUCAAAAAAGGCUAUAAAUGACUUCAGUGGGUAUGCAGAUUCCAAAGCAACUGAAAAGAAAAUUAUAAAGGAUGUUUUCAAGAAGGGGGAUAAAGUAUUUAACUCUGGUGAUAUGCUUGUAAUGGACGAGCUAGGGUACUUUUUCUUCAAGGAUAGAAUUGGAGACACAUUUAGAUGGAGGGGUGAAAAUGUUUCCACAGCAGAAGUUGAAGCAAUAAUCAGCAAUGUUGUAGAACUCAAUGAUGCAGUUGUAUAUGGAGUUGAGGUUCCAAAUGUAGAAGGAAGGGCUGGAAUGGCUGCUAUUGUUGAUGAACAAGGCAAUUUAGAUCUGAAAAAGCUUGCUGAAGGUGUCAAAAAGAAUUUACCAGCAUAUGCAAGACCAUUGUUUCUUCGUGUAUUAACGAGUUUACCAAAGACUGGAACGUACAAAUUGAAGAAGCAGGACUUGCUUCAAGAAGGAUUUGAUCCAAAUGUUAUCUCAGACAAGUUAUAUUACUUUGAGAAUCCAGGCAACUACAUACCUCUCACUCCAGAACUGUACAAUGAUAUUUUAGUAGGAAAAGUAAGGCUUUAGCAAGUCUGUUUUCGUCUCAAAGGACUUGGGUGUAUAUGUGGAAGUUAAAAAUCAAAUAAGACAUUUUUUUAAUUUUUCAUCUGGCUGUGGAAAGCCAAUUACCAUAAAGUAUGGCUGGAGAUGAUAUUCACUACUGAGAAGUAUGAAAAGACUAAUUUCAAGUAAGAAUGUGAAUGUAUAUUUUUACAUUGAAAUAUCGAUAGGAUAGUUGGAACUUGUUGCAUUGUUUUGUGGAGAAUAUAAUAUAUUUUUCAUACUAAAUAAUUAAUUUACAUAAAGAAAAAAGCGCAAGUCUUAUCUUUGUAAAGAGAGUUCAGACAUAGAGAAUAUUUGUUAUGUAAGAGUUAAAGAAGUGAAAGGACAGGUAGUAAACCUUUUGAUUGUUAGUUUAAUGGUAUGGAAUGAAAGUGGAAAAAGUUUGUCCAAGUGCCAUACUUCCAUUCUAUAGGGACCAAUCUCAAAUGCAGUUUUGUUAUUUAUUCUUUUGAAAUACAUGACUGUAUCUAAAUACACAUACUUGAGGAGCUGUUGUAAAAAAAAACAAAAACAAAAAAAAGAAACAAUAUUUAAGUGCCAGUUGUCUAACUACAGAGAAAUGGACAUUUGUCUUUCUAAUGUUAAUUACCAAUUGGAAAGUGAAUGAAAAAUAUUCAAACUCAGUGGUAAAUGAAAACAGUGCUUUUAAUAUAAUGGUGCUGUACAUUUCUGAGAAUGGCAUUAAAAUUGCAAAGUCACAAAAUUGUGUAACUUAGUUAAAUUCCUUCGAAUUUCUUUAUAUGAACGAAUGGAAGUUGGUACAGAAUACUUAUUUAUAGUGUAGAAUUUAAAUGUUCUUUGUACAUUGAAUUUGGUUGUGAAUAGAAUGUACAAUCGUGUUCUUUCUCUAUCAGUCUUCAGUGUAGUUCUGCAGAACUGUAUUUAAAAUAGUUCUUUUCUAAACACAAUGGAUUUUUACAAUCUACAAAAACUUGAGUCACAAAAAAUAAUGAAAUUACUCCUACAUAAAUUUACACAUUACUCCUACUUAAAUACCACACAAUGUGUCCAGUAUGAGUAAUUUGUGUUAUGAUGGCUCAAAACUUAGAGCUUACCUUUCGAAUCUCACAGAGACCAGUACAUCAGUCUGCAGUACUAUGAAUUUUCCCAUUUAUUAGCUCUUUAAUGAGCAUGUUAAUUGUGUGCAUGGAAUAUUUUUCUUAUUUAGAAUGGUACAAAGUUUUCAUCUUGUUGAAUACAAACAAUAUUUGUGUAUAUUAAAUGGAAGAAUGUGUAAACUACACUGUAUUAUUUUAAUAGCUUAAUCAUUCUUCACCACAAG